CAGGUAAUAAACAAACGGGGGUCCUGAUUCGGAGACAGUCGAGCACUCGAGGCGUCGCUUUGUUUUACAAACUGAGUCAAAUCAUCCGAAGCAGCAGCGACAUCUUCCUCCACGUGUGAUCGAGGGAUGUAGAUUCAGUCGUUCGCCGCCUAGCUGAUUCUUUAGUUCGGUGCCCGGACGUCGAAUCGUGUGUUUUAACCCGACAAGCUAACGUUAGCAACACGGGAGCGGACGAGCUGGGCCUCAAACCAACGUACAUCUGACAUUUAACUGAAAUAAACAACAGGGAGGCGUGGAUGAGCAGCGAUGUCUGGCAUUGCUCUCAGCCGACUGUCCCAGGAGCGUAAAGCCUGGAGGAAGGAUCACCCGUUUGGUUUCGUUGCUGUUCCCACUAAGAAUCCGGACGGGACCAUGAAUCUGAUGAACUGGGAGUGCGCCAUUCCUGGGAAGAAAGGAACCCUGUGGGAGGGAGGACUCUACAAACUGCGAAUGCUCUUCAAAGAUGACUACCCGUCCUCACCACCCAAAUGCAAGUUUGAGCCACCAAUAUUCCACCCGAAUGUUUACCCCUCAGGCACCGUGUGUCUGUCCAUCCUGGAGGAGGACAAAGACUGGAGGCCAGCCAUCACCAUCAAACAGAUCCUGUUGGGGAUCCAGGAGCUGCUGAAUGAGCCGAACAUUCAAGACCCAGCACAAGCAGAAGCCUACACGAUUUACUGUCAGAACAGGAUGGACUAUGAGAAGCGGGUACGGGCACAGGCCAAGAAGUUUGCCCCCACAUAGAGAGGAGGGCUGGCCUCCAUCCUGCCAGAGCUGCCUGAGCUGAUGGUCACAAACAAACAGGAGGCAAGCGACACCUGAAGGACCACUCCAAUAAGAAUCCAGCUUCGAGUAUUAUCAUAUUAUUAUACCAUUACACAGAAGACAGCUUUCUUUCUUUCAUUCUCUCUUUUGUUCUUUCGUUCUCUCUUUUAAACAACAAGAGAUCAUACUUUUACCCAUCUCGCAGAAAUAUGAAUGCGUUUUAAUCCAUAGCUGAUGAUCCUGAACUGUAGAUCUCUGCUGUCAACGUGAACUUUACUAUUUGUUUACUUUUUUGUAUAAUUCACUUCAUCCCCACUUUUGUCCUGAGAACUUCAGAGCUCUCUCUUGCGCCUCCGUUAGGACAUCAGUCAUGCCGAUGUGCUGUAGAAAUACGAUUUCAUUUCAUAAAGCCCUCUCGGUGUAAUGUGGAGUCCGUUCUGGCUGAGGAAGAGUGUUUCUGUAACUUUUCAGUUGUUAAUAAAACCCCUGGGAAUUUAGCAGGUUGUGUGUCAUGAAUAUGGGUUUAAACCGGCACAAAGUCACAAACACAGUGGAUGUCAAUCCAUUUGUUGUGUGCUCGUCAUCCCUCCUCUCAUCCGCUCACAUCAGACUUUCCAUUAAAGUUGUUCAAUGUUGAUUUCAAGUAAAGCAGUAGCAGUUACGUAGGUAGGAAGCAGCGCUCUGUUCACCUCCGAGAAGGACGAGCGACCUAUGAGAACUGGGCCCUGGGUGGGGGGGGUGUCAGGGCUUGUCUUCCUCCUUUGAGCUUCAGUCGUCAUGUUAAUGCAGUGAAACUAAGAGGAACUUAGGGUUAAGAUUCUUUUUGUGAAUCCAACAGGGAGUGAGACAGUUUGUCAGUUACAGCGAUGAGCCCGAGGUCACUCUGACCGCCAGUAAAAAUUAAUUAGAAUAGUUUCCCUGUGUGUUUUUCUUUUAUCCUGCAAAGCUUAAAAAAAAUGAACGUCAACAUCAUAAAAUCCAGAAACGGGUCCAUCUCCAAGUCGGUGUGGCCGAAGGAUCCUCAUCGGAACGGCCUCGGAAAUGAAAAGCAAAAGAAAGUGAACUUGGGAGCAAGCGAAGGCCUGAGAUUGUUUUUUUUUUUUCUUUUUUUUUUUUGCCUCUGAAUAUAUGAGUGCAUGUACAUAAUAUAAAUAAUGACAAAUUGUGGAAGUUAUGUUUUAUAUUGUUUUAGCCAGUUGACAUUUGUGUGUGAUAUUAGAACAAAACACAAUAAAUGGCAUCAAAUUGUGAAAUAAAGUUGAAUAAAAGAACAAAACAUU